AUUAUGAUUGGUAUCUUUAGUGUUUUCAUGUGGUAUUUACUGCUGACCCUGUAUACAGGACAAAUUAAAGGAGUCUUUGGAACAUAUGAACCUUUAACUUACAAAACAGGAUGUACAUCAUGGGGAAUUGUUUUUAUCAUUUCAGGAGCCUUCAUCAUAAAAGCAACAAAGACUCCAACUCAAUCCCUGGUGGUAUCUUCUUUGAGCCUGAACAUUCUCUGUAUAAUUAUUGCAAUAAUUGCACUAUGUCUAACAGUAAUUGAGUUGUCUACUUUUAAGUCUGUGUCCUAUAGGAAUUAUGGACAAGCGAAACUUGGGAGGGAAGUUUCACGGAUUUUAAUGAUCUUUUACCCCCUGGAAUUUUCUGUGGCAUUCGCAUACUCAAUAUGUUGCUGUGUGCAUUUGUGUCAAAAACCUGAAAUACGUGAAGAUGAUCGUGCAACUGAUUCUGUGGAAGCUGAGACCGCUGCUGGAAAUUCCCCAGAAACUGAGAACCCUUCUUUUGACAAUCCUGAUGGUAGAUCCUAA